AUGGGUUCCGUCCCGGUGAUAUCAGCUCUGGUUUUGGCCGUCGUGGUUCCAUCGUUGGCCGGAUACAUCGAGGCGCUAGCAGCCAACGCGGGCACUGGGUUCGCCGUGGCCGAGCCACAAGUGGCCAUGUUCUGCGGCAAGCUCAACAUGCACGUCAACAUCCAAACGGGCCGCUGGGAACCCGACCCGUCCGGAACCAAGGGCUGCUUGGGUAGCAAAGAAGGCGUGUUGCAAUACUGCCAAGAGAUGUACCCUGAGCUCCAGAUCACCAACGUGGUGGAGGCAAACCAGCCACUGCGCAUCGACAAUUGGUGCAAGAAGGAGAAGAAGGUGUGCAAGGGGCACGCCCACACCGUGGUGCCUUUCAAAUGCCUCGUUGGUGAGUUCGUGAGCGAUGUGCUGCUGGUUCCUGAGAAGUGCAAGUUCUUCCACAAGGAGCGUAUGGACCUGUGCGCUAGCCACCAGCAAUGGCACGGCGUGGCCAAGGAGGCGUGCGUCAAAAGCUCAACAGUGCUGCACAGCUACGGCAUGCUCCUUCCGUGCGGAACCGACAAGUUCCACGGCACCGAGUUUGUCUGCUGCCCCGCCUCGCGCGCUGAGGAAGCGGACGACUCAGCACGAGACCGAGAGGAGGUAGAGGAGGAGGAGGAAGAAGACAUUGAGGACGAGGAGAUUGGUGAAGACGACCUGGAUGAAGAUGAAGAUGUGCUCGAAGACAGUGACACUGCAGCUGAAGAGAAACCCACGCAGAAGGAGGAGCCGCAUGAUGAGGAGGGCGAGGUCGAAGAGGACGAGGAUGAUGACGAUUACGAUCACUAUGUCUACGAGGACGAGGAGAUAGAUGAAGAGGAAGACAAGAGAGACAGUAGCAGGAUGUCAGACAGCCGGGAAGACCAGGACAAAAGUCUGCAAGAAGUCAAAGCUGUGUGCACUCUGGAGGCUGAAACAGGUCCCUGCAGGGCCUCCAUGCCCCGCUGGCACUUUGACAUGAGCCAGAGGAAGUGUGUGCUCUUCAUCUACGGAGGCUGCGCCGGAAAUCGCAACAACUUUGACUCGGAGGAGUACUGCAUGGCCGUGUGCAAGCGACUAGCUACGCCCCCGACGCCUCAGCCCGCCGACGAUGUGGACAUCUACUUUGAGACCCCGGCGGACGACAAGGAGCACAGCCGCUUUCAGAAGGCCAAGGAGCAGCUGGAAAUUAGGCACCGUAACCGCAUGGAGAGGGUAAGGAAGGAGUGGGAAGAGGCUGACAGCCAGGCCAAGAACUUGCCCAAGGCUGAGAGGCAAACCCUGGUGCAGCACUUCCAGGCCAUGGUGGAGUCCCUGGAGGAGGAAGCUGCUAGCGAGAAGCAGCAACUAGUGGAGACCCACUUGGCUCGGGUGGAGGCCAUGCUAAACGACCGGCGUCGCCUGGCCCUGGAGAACUACCUGGCGGCCCUGCAGGCGGAUCCCCCUAGGCCUCACCGCAUCCUGCAAGCACUGCGCCGCUACGUGCGCGCCGAGAACAAGGACCGUCAGCACACUAUCCGACACUACCAGCACGUUUUGGCUGUGGACCCCGAGAAGGCAGCGCAGAUGAAGUCACAGGUGAUGACCCACCUACGUGUGAUUGAGGAGAGGAUGAACCAAAGUUUGUCUCUGCUUUACAAGGUUCCUUAUGUGGCUGAGGAGAUCCAGGAUGAAAUUGAUGAACUUCUUCAGGAACAGAAAGCCGACAUGGACCAGUUCUUGUCAUCCAUCUCCGAGUCCCAGCCCGACGUCACCGUUUCGUCAGAGGAAAGCGUGGAGGUCUCCGAGGGUAGACCCUUCCGGCCCAUCCAGGUCAAUUCCUUGGGGUCCCGCCCGGAAAUAGAAGGCUCCGCCGUGUCCGACCUGGACGGUCUCAUCGGCGCCGAGGAGAGAAUCAUCAAUAGCAAGGCUAACAUGGGACCCAAUGUGGUGAUUGAUGAGUCUCUGGAUGUUAAAGAAGUUGUUUACAGUGCAGAGAGAAUCCGCGUAAUGCAUGAUGAUGAGCUGGAGACCUACAGACCUCUUGGCGAGGACUUCAGCUUCGGCAGCAACAUUCUUAUCGGCCUGCUGGUGAUCGCCGUCGCCAUAGCGACAGUGAUCGUGAUCAGCCUGGUGCUGCUGCGGAAGCGCCAGUACGGCACCAUCAGCCACGGCAUCGUGGAGGUGGACCCCAUGUUGACGCCCGAAGAGCGCCACCUCAACAAAAUGCAAAACCACGGCUACGAGAACCCCACCUACAAAUACCUGGAGCAGAUGCAGAUUUAA